ACUAUCCCCGCACCUUUGCGAGUCUCCAAAUUUUUUUGUCCUGCGCAGGACAUUCAAAGGCACGCUGGCAGACUCAAUUCUGCAAGAAAGUCUUAUAGUGCUUUUCGACCUGACCAAAAGACCCCGGAGCGGUUGUUUCACGAAGAAGUCACCGAUGACUCCUUAGAACACUUCUAUACGGCAUCGAGCCCUGCCAUGACUUCGACGUUCGCUGCGCAGUUGCGCACCAUCGCCGCACAUUCCACGAACGAGUUAGAUCUACGCGCUCGACGAGAUGCACAUGCCGAGUCACUCAUCUUCGAGCGGAGCAUUGCGGUCAAGCAAGACUGGGAGACAGUGUACCAAAUAUGUGUGGAAGGAUUCCGAGAGUUGUGCCUUUUGGAUUCAAGAUUGAAGGAGUUCGAGGGAAAUCUCUACAGUCCGCAAGCGAAAGACCAAGACAGAGAGCAAUUGAGCAAAGCACAGAAUGAGGCACUUGGAGUGGUCUUAGAACGAUGUCUAGCACUGCUAGGCUCUAAAGUCAUCCUGAGGCCUGGGCUAAGAGCCGUGGAGUGGCUUGUCAGAAGAUUUCGUGUCCAUGUCUACAACACCGGCGCCCUUCUGGCGACUCUCCUGCCUUACCACGAAACCCCGAUCUUCCAGAAUGUCUUGAGCAUAAUUCCAGCCAACAAGCUCGUCAAUGAGUGGAAGUUCCUGAAUCCAUACCACAAGGUGGCCCCCAGCGUUCCCCGCCACGCCUUGAUUUACACUGCUACCAACAGCGAUCCCUUCUUUUCCUACUUUAACAACCACACACUUCGCGCAUGUCAGGAUGGCGCCGGUCACUCGCAACUGUUGCGCUUCUGGGGCAGUAUGUUUAUCGAGGCGGUUGCAGCCAGAUUGAACCAAGUGAAGAGCGGGAGAAAAGAGGUGGAGAAACAACGAUUGGAAGAUGCUCUGUUGAAAAUAUUCCCCGUCCUGGUUGACGGAUUCGCAGCCAGGGAAUACCCCGAGGUGAUUGUAACAUGCUUUACCGUCUCCCUUAUCUUGGCGAGCAACUCCAAUCUCGAAGACAGCGUUCUCGACUCUAUGUUGAGAGCAGUGGCGCCAUUUGUCACCGACGCCGAUGUUGACCCAAAGUCAGCUCUGGCUUGCGUGGCAAUACUGGCUGGCAGAAAGACAGAUCGAAGGUUGCCGAAGAUUGUGUUGGAAACUUUGAUGAAGGUUCGCGAUUUGAAGACGAGACUGCUCGAGCUGAGAGGCCAUGUCACUGACGACCUUUUGGAGGCCUUGAUCAGCUCUUCACUCUCUGGGAUCAAAAAAUCAAACCAUGCUUCUCGACUAUCGUUCGUUGAAGGGCUGCUAGAGAUGAGUCUUGAUCUCUCAGAUCGAACUGCGAUUAGUCGUUUUGUUGCAGUCCUGCUUCGGAAACUACCCAAGAAGGACUCAACAAAUGCAGCAGACUCUGCCAUCCGGGCAGAAAUAAUUGGACUAUUGCAAAAGUUGAACGACAACACAGCCUUCUCUGCAACGUUUCCUAAAGCUGUACAGCUGGCAGGUCAAUCUCUAGCCGAUGUUGAGACGGCUAUCGAAGGCACGAUCGAGUCCACCAAUGGUGUCUACCUGAUCGAGCCUGCUCCGAUGGACGUGGACAGCACUCAUCCUGAGGACUCUACAGAUGCUAAAGCGAUUGAAGCUAUGUUGGCCAGCUUGCCUUCCAAAUCCGUCGAGUUGUCCUUUCUGAAGACCGGCCACUCUGCACUAUUUGACCAACUUCUUCAAGCGUUCGCACUAUGUCAGAAGAAUGAUGACCAGCUUGGAAUUUUCCAAUCGCUUCCACUAUGGGGUCAAAAAGGCGAGCAGUCCUCGGAUCUGCGAACAAGUUUUUUCUUAAAGGUUGCCUGCAUUGCAGUGCCAGCCCAGCAAGUGGCCGCGCUUCGAAUCAUUGCAAACUUGAUCACAAGUUCACCUCGCCAGCCAUCUCAAUUCCUAAUACCUUACUUCACGGUUCUGCUGGCCGAUUCAGCCCAGUCAGUGAGACGUUCAGUGGUUGCCUGUUUAUUAGCCCUCAACGACAAAAUCUCGAAGAUGGCCAAGGAAGACGACGACCAACAAAAAGCGACAGAGACUAUUUAUGAUGGCCUCGCUAUGGUUGAGACUAAGCGGCUGGCUCCUGGGCAGGCAGCCAAGAUCUUGGGCCAGGUUUAUAUCCCCGUUCUGGAAGAAUGUGUUCUGGACGCAUCGCACAUUCGCCAGGUGUUAGAGACUGCGUUCGACAGUGCGGCUCGUUCGUCAUCGUCUGGUGCUAGGACAGCUAACGUGGAAUUGAAGAAGUCACUGAAGCAUGAUUUAUUCGAGCUUCUGAUCGACGCCGCACGGGGUACUCCGGUCUUCAGGGUCAAAGUACGCCUUGUUGAGCUGCUCCUUGGUGUCCCGAAAGUGGGCACUACUACCACAAGCAAAGCGCUGGCGCCUGUCCUCAAGGAAUGGGCAUCUCUGACUGAGACCGACGCCAAGUCCACUGCCAGCUCCGCCAAUCUCUCUCCAUCGCAGACUGACGCGGUCAUGGUCCAACUCAUCAAUCCACGUGGUAAGGAUGCAGUCGGAGAAGCACUAGCGAUGCUGAAUUCGGGAAAUUCACAGCUGAGAUCUGCUCUGGUGUCGGCGUUCUUUGAUCGGCUGGUUUCCAUUUGGCAAGACAUGAAAGAGGAGACGCAGAUAUCGUCUGCAGUGACUCUGUUCGAUAUGGCCUUUUCUGACAACGCAGCCAUCGCAGGAGGAGCCCGAGAUGUGUUUCAUUCUGCCAACCUUUCCACAAGUGUACUUUCCACGUUGCUUGACCACGCUUGUUCAGGACUGGCUCAAAUGCCAACAGAGGUGCCAGCCAAGAAGCGCCGAAGAACCAGUCAUGGGCGUGCAAGCAUUCCCAGAGAUACGACGAUGGAGUUAGACGUUGCAGACUCAAGACUGACUUUCGCGCUCGAGAUCGUGGAGAACUCGAAACCAGAGAAUCACCCGCAAUUGUUAGGCAAUCUGUUCGAGGUGUUGAUUACGCUCAGACGUCUCAAAGACAAGAGCACCACAGAGUCUCCAUACUUGCUCAGUUUGUGUCUGAGCAGUAUCCUAGCCAUCAUCGACAAAGCUCGACAGUCACGGAAACCCAACCUCGACAUGUCAAGCAUUCGUGCAGAUUUGGUGACUGACUGCGUCCGCUCUUCGGGAAACCCACAAGUUCAAGCCACGGCCUUGUUACUAUCGGCAUCUCUGGCUUCUUUGGCCCCAGAAAGAGUAUUGCACACUAUCAUGCCAAUCUUCACUUUCAUGGGUCACGGCAUUCUGUCAAAAGAGGAUGAACGAUCGAUCUACGUCACAAACCAAGCCAUUGACCAUAUCAUUCCUCCCUUGGUCAGUACGCUCAAGAAGCAAGAUGCAAGGAAUCUCGUCCACUCCACAUCCAGUCUACUGACCAGCUUCGUCACCGCCUAUGACCAUAUACCGCAGCAUCGGCGGACAGCCUUCUAUCAAAGACUGCUGAACAGGCUGGGAGCCGAGGACUUUGCGUUUGCAAUUAUCGCAUUGCUUGCUUCUAGGAAAAGGCGCCAAGAUAUCUCCGGCUUCUUCACGGACUUGAUCGGAGGAUUGCCAGCAGUUACUCAACUCUCUACACACAGGAAGCUCUUGGGAUUGGUCACGGAUAUCUUUUCGCCCAAGCCUCAUAACGCUGAACCAUUGCUUGACAUCACCAAGUCCAGCAAGCCAGAGGAGCGGGAGCGAGAAGCAAAAGUACUCUUGGAAGCUACCGCAAAUGUACUGGGCAAUAAGGGUCUGAAAGCCCAGGUCAAGCGGAUACAUAAGCUUCCUGAGUCUGAUGUCGAAGAUUUCUGGGCAGAGUACAGGAAUUGCAUUCCGCAGUUGCUGGCUUUGCUGAAGGACCAAAAGGCGCACCACCCAGCCCUGAUAGCCUCCACCAGACGGUGCUUGAGUGCGCUACUAGAAUUGCCCUCACUCGCAGAACUCCUCGAAGUCACGCCCAGUCUACUGCAGGAGAUGGACCAGAUCGAUGAUAAGGAGCUCCAGCCUCUCGCCCUGCGGGUGCUAGCUACGCAACUCCAGAAUAACGCACCCAAGGACAGCAAAACUCAAUCUGCAGCCAUCGCAAUUCUUCCCACCAUCGAGACAAUCAUCAGAACAACUCAGAACGAGGCCUUUAGACAUGCCGCUAUCACAUCCUUGGAUCGAAUCGUGGAAGUCUACGGUCGCAAAAGCCCCGACCAGAUCAUCUCUACGUCAAAUGUGCUCAUGGAGAGCAACACUGGUCUAUACUCCGAGGACACAAGAACACAAAUCAUGUCUCUACUUUGCCUGGCUUCCGUGGUCGAGGUUCUGAAAGAAUCAGCCGUCCCACUUGUACCACCAUCGAUGUCAAAGGUGCUGGAUCUGCUGGACGUGAGCUUACACUCGGUCGUCAGGAAUGUCGUGCUGCACAACGCCGCAUUCACACUGAUAUCCUCGUUCAUCACCCACGUGCCUUUCAUGGUCUCGGAUGAAAAUGUGGUCGCGAUCCUGAAACUCGCCCACAAAUCGUCUCGAGCCAAGUUGGAAGCAUCAUGCAAGGAAUCGAGAAUCGAGACGUUAAGUCUCCUCGCGCAGAAGAUGGAUCUCACUUCGAUCACGACCAGUCUCAACCAGGUGUGGACUGAGACCCUUACCGACAUCAACGUCGAGACGGCCACCGAGUAUCUCGACGUGCUGGCCCAAGCCAUCGAGAAGAACACGAAAGCCACGGUCGUGCGGUCUGCAGAGUCCAUCUCCGAAUUCAUGCUGCAGGUUCUCGACCUCCGACGUCAAGAAUCCUCCCUAUCAGCCGAGGACAUCGACACGAUCGAAUCCAAGUUACAAGCAUUGAGCAUCCCAUUCAUCUACAAACUCAACGACACGGCGUUCCGACCCCUGUUCGAGAACUGGGUGGACUGGGCUGUCAAAGCCUCGGAUCUGGACGAUGACGCCACCGCAGACCUGGAGGGUGCAAAGUCAGCUCGCCAACUAAGUCUCUUCCGCUUCGCAGAGCACUUUUUCUCCACGCUCAAGAGCAUCGUGACAAGCUACGCAGGGUAUAUUCUCGACCCGGCCAACGCGAUCCUUCGCUCGGUGGCGGAUUCAGCGGACGCGAACGAGAACAUGCUGCCGCUGUACAAAGCCACGCUCAAACUCCUCACGACAGUCAUGCAGCAUGACGCGGAUGGCUUCUUCGCUUCACCAUCGCAUUUCUCACCACUAUCUGAGCUGUUGGUCAAGCAACUCACGCUCGCAGCGACAAAGGUCAAACCUCUCCGUGCCGUGGUGUCCAGCGCGGUCAUCCCAGCGAUUGUGGCUCUUGCAACGGCUACGCUCGAUACGCCGGCUCAUCAUCACUCAAUCAACCACGGUCUGUGCCAGCUACGGCACCAUGCCUCAGGCCAUGUCAGAUUGGCCGCAAUUCGCACGCACAUUGCGCUCACUGAGAACGAGGACGUUGGCGAGGAGUGGGUGAAUAAUGUCGUGGUGGGCACGAGUACGGAGGGCGUUGGCGGUAGUGGUGAGACUAUGGUCUAUGUCAACGAGAGUUUGGAGGAUGAUGAUGAGGAUGUUGAGCGUGAAGUCAGGAGAUGGGUCAGAAUGGUUAGGGAGAUGGUCGGAGAGGACGUGUUUGAAGUGUAGAUACUCCUGCCGGCUCAAUGUUGAGCUGAGGAUCUAAGACUGCCUCUGCGAUGGAGGGUAGAUUUGAUGGAGGUGAGGUAUCGCACAUAUUGUAUACCAAGCAAGAAUGUGAACGAGAAACGGAAGGAAAGUAACAGGUCAUUGAAAAAGAGUUAUUGUCUAUCUGAGUAACACGCAAGAACUGAAAAUCAACAUGAACAGUCAUACCCCUUUUGGGCCAAUACUCUCCCGAAGACGGAACGAAAGCAACACCAGGAUGAAUCCAUCAAGCAUUUCCACCCAACUUUUUUUCUGGACCAAGAGACUUUCGCCUGAUGGUCUCUUUCAUUUUCUGUUUUUCUUCUUCCCAAUGAUAAACAGUCAAUAUCAACCCAAACGCCCAAGAACUCCAACAAUGCAAUGAAAACAUAGGAAAUAACCCGAAAGAAAGCUGUCGU